AUGCUGUGGUUAUCUUUGACUUCUGUCAACUCUUCUAAGUUCCUGGAACUAUGUUCCCUUCAAAAUAAGUUUAAGGAUGUUAGAAGAAAUCUUCAGAAAGGUAUAGGUGAAGAACUAAAGAGCUAAGGGACACAGGAUAUAUUUGUGCUUAGUACCAGAGGAGAGCUCUUAAAGUACUGAGUACCAAGCUUUAUAGGUGCCUACCAACGGUAUGAGAGCUUUGUGCACCACUAUCCUAUUCAUGGUGGAGAUGCUCCUGACGUUGCCAAGCACUGCAAAACUCUGGAAGAGCUGAGAAGCUGCCUGGAAAGCAACCAGAAAACAGUAAUACACUAG